GAGUUCCGCUGUUUAUAAAAACAACAACUAUUGCUCUCGUUUCAUUUUUUCUCUCUCGACGUUCUACACACACACCUGUGCGAUCGCUCUUCUUCCCCCCAUACCCGGAAGAGUCCACUUCAACAAUCUCCUGUCGUCCAUUUUUUAGAAAUCUAGUUUCAUUGCUCUUUUCUUUCCCCGUCUUCCUUUCUAAAGUUUAACAUAUCACCGUUUUGACUCACUAAAGCAUAACAUGUAUCAGGAUCAAGCCCAGAAUACGCACACCCCCGGUGCGGCUGCAGCCACCGGCUUCGGCGGCUACCAAGGCAACCGCCAGUUUGGUGGAGGCAGCAAUAACACCAACGGCCGCGGCUUCAGCAACGACCGCGUGGAGCGCGGCGGCUACGGCGGUGGCGGCUUCGGCCGUGGCGCCGGCUUCCGCAGCAACGGCGGCGGCUAUGGUGGCCUCAACCGCGGAGGUGGUGGUGGUGCGGCCCCCUUCCACCAGCAGGCACACGCGUACGGCAGCAACGAGCACUACCACCGCGAGGAGAAGUCUGAGGAUGAGAUCUUUAAGGAGCACACUCCCGGCAUCAACUUUGACCAGUACGAGGCGAUUAAGGUCUCCAUCACGCCGAACGACGUCGAGCCGGCGGAGGCGUUUUCCACCAUGAACCUCGCCCCGGCACUCGCCGAGAACGUCGCGCGCUGCCGCUACCAGAAGCCGACUCCAGUACAGCGCUACGGCAUCCCGUGCGUGCUGAACGGCAGCGAUUUGAUGGCCUGCGCUCAGACCGGCUCCGGCAAGACCGCUGCCUACCUCAUCCCCGCGAUCAAUUUCAUGCUGCUGAACAAUGUCAACCGCGCCAAGCCCGCCAACGGCCAGUCUGCUCCGUCCGCCCUCGUCAUCGCCCCUACUCGCGAGCUGUCGAUUCAGAUUUACGAGGAAGGCCGCAAGUUCACCUUUCGCACCGGCAUCCGCUGCGUCGUCGUCUACGGCGGUGCCGACCCGCGUCACCAAAUCCACGAGCUGACCCGCGGCUGCGGUCUGCUGGUGGCCACGCCUGGCCGUCUCAUCGACAUGUACAGCCGCGGCUACACCCGCUUCUCGGACAUCCGCUUUCUCGUGCUGGAUGAGGCCGAUCGCAUGCUGGACAUGGGCUUUGAGCCGCAGAUCCGCCAGCUGGUGCAGGGCCCGGAUUCUGACAUGCCCGUGCCUGGCGAGCGCCAGACGCUGCUCUACUCCGCCACCUUCCCGAAGGAGAUCCAGCAGCUCGCCCGCGAGUUCCUGCAUCACCACCACUUCCUGCAGGUCGGCCGCGUUGGCUCGACGACGGAGAACAUCACGCAGGACGUGCGCUGGGUGGAGGAUACGGAGAAGCGCACGCAGCUGCUGGAGAUGCUGAAGGAUCACACGACGGAGCGCGUCCUCGUCUUUGUCGAGAAGAAGCGCGACGCCGACUUCCUCGAGCGCUUCCUGCGCCAGAACCGCUUCUCCUGCACGUCUAUCCACGGCGACCGCGUGCAGCGUGAGCGCGAGGAGGCCCUCGACGUCUUCAAGAGCGGCGUGUGCCGCGUGCUCGUGGCGACUGAUGUGGCGUCCCGUGGGCUGGACAUUCCCAACGUGGCGAUCGUGGUGCAGUACGACCUGCCCAGCAACAUCGACGACUACGUCCACCGCAUCGGCCGUACUGGCCGUGCCGGCAAGCGUGGCACCGCCGUCGCCUUCUUCAACGAGAAGAACCGCAACAUCGUCGACGACCUCAUCCCUCUGAUGCGCGAGACGAACCAGACCAUCCUGCCCGAGGUGCAGGCCCUCGCCAAGAAGCCCAACAUCCAGAGCCAGACUCGCGGCCGCGGACGUGGGGGCUACCGCGGCGGUGGCGGCGGCUUUGGCGGACGCGGGGGCUACCGCGGUGGUGGCGCCGGCUUCGGAGGUGGUUUCGGUGGCGGCUUCAACAACGGCGGCUUCCGUCCGCGCGGCGGCUACGGCGGCAACGGCAGCGCCAACAGCUACGGCGGCGGCUACGGCGGCUACGGCGGCAACGCAAACGGCAACGCUAACGCCGGCGGCGGCUACUACAACGGCGGCAACCGCACGAACAUGCGCUCCGACGUCUUUGGCCAGCAGAUGCCGUAA